CGUAUUUGGACAGAUGGAGAAAGAGCAAGUUGAUAUUUGUGUUUGAAAUUGAACGUGCCUGAAUGUAAAGAAUUGCAAAUUAAUUUUAUCAAUACGGUGAUUUUGUUUGUUUUAUUUUUAUUUUUUAAGUGUUUGUGCCUUUAGUGUCAUAUUAUUUUUGUGUACAAUUGAAUUUUGCUCAUUUAUUCCGGUUGGAAAGGAAAUUGUUCACGAUUAAUCGAAUUUGGUCGUUGCGUAGGCGCAUAAAAUGCGCUCUAUCUUAGCGUACUACGCGGACGUGAUGUCGGCGGCGGCGCGCGGUGCUGGCUGCGCGCUUGGCUGCAGCGGUCGCGGUGAUUGUAUGAACGGUACUUGUCUCUGCGAGAUACGGUACGCGGGUGACGAGUGCGCCGGACCCAACCUGCCGUACCAUGCAUGUAUUGGCGGUGUGUUCCUAUUGGUGGCAUUCGUGUGCGCGGUGCAGCUGACGAUAUGUGUGGUGACGGAGUACCGUCGCCUGAAGGCGCCUACAUUCCUCCGCGCCUGUAAAGUCACAACUCAAAAGAUGCUCUACCUCGUCGCAUUUCUAGCGUCCCUUAUACGCGGCGCUUACUUUGUUUCACCGUCAGCGUUCCAAGAGGGAUGGGCGACGAGUCUUCUAUCAGCUUACUAUCCUCUCCUAAUGUCUGGAUCCUCGCUCAUUGUGUGCUUCUGGGCUGAGGUAUUCCAUCUUCGUGAUAUACGUUGGGAGCGACCUCGGUUCCUGUCCAAAUCAUUCCUGGCUUUCGUCACCUUCAAUGUGAUCAGCUAUUCGUUGCUAGCUGCAGAAGUACUUACCACGAAUGUAGCUAAUACAACUGCUGAGAAGAAGAAUUUCUACCAGCACGUCUUCAACGGUUGCUACGCUGUGCUUCUUUUUAUUGUCGUCAUAUUCUUCCUCAUUUAUGGGGUUGAAGUUUACUUUAAGCUCCGUGGUGAGUUCCUGAAGGAGACAAAAGUAUGUACAAUCAUCUCCCCACGACCUGGACCGUCUAGUGCCGACGAUGACGACGUGCAGGAUACACUCGUCACAAAACAAGGCAUACAGACGGACCUGGCGGAUCGCGACGGAUCCGUGGACCUGCGCUCAGUGGAUCUGUCGCAGCUGCACCAGUCGCGUGUUGGCCUCGUCAGCCAGGCGCUCAUGCUGAUACUGAUCGCUGGCUUCCUGGCCUCGGAAACACUCAGCGAGUUUUGGAAGACCAAAGUGCCGGUGGUGUCACGCAACUGGCACGACGUGGUGUUCCGUCUGGCGGAGAUCGGAGUCGCGCUAUGGUUCCCCUGCGUGCUGUGGAACUCAAUGGCUCCGGAGCGGCUGUGGCUGCUCAACCCGCGCCGUCUGCUCGCCAGGCAGCUCGAUGACGCCAAGCUCGCUGACCUUCUCGCACAUCAUCAUGAUGCCAAGAAUGUGGAGACGGACUCUUUGGUGGGCAGUGUGGGUUCAGCUCGCGACUGCUGGAUCUGCUACGACGGGUCGCGCAACGAGCCGCUCAUCCGACCCUGUCGCUGCACUGGUGAUGUCUCCGCUGUACAUCAUGACUGUCUGCGUCGCUGGCUCAUUGAGAGUGCAACCACACCGGACGGCUUGAAGUGCAAAGUGUGCAACACGCCUUAUAUUGUACAAAAGACAAACAGAGUGGAGUGGGAGCGCGGAUUCACUUGCACACACUGGACGCGCACUGCACUGGCGGUGGCGGGUAUGUGCGGCGCUGGAGUUGCCGCCUGGCUGCUGGUUCAGGUGUUCCCCUCCCCUGUGGUGCGCGUGCUCUGCGCUGGUGCAGCUCUCCUCGUCUGCUACGUCGCCAUCAGAUUCCUAAGCAUGAACACAGUAAUAGCGUACCAACGUGCCAAAGUAUCCUCUCUCAGGAUAGUAACAGAACCGCUCGCCGAGUCUCAAGUCAACGACCAGACACAACUCUGCACCAUCAGCAAAACGGUUACAGUUGAAAUAGCGUCAAAAGCAGUACUCGAGCAAGCGCUUAAAGGAGACGUUAAAAACUAACGCUAUAACGUUAUAGCAGUGUUAUCUGUGAACAGUGUUUGUGAACAGUGCAAGCUGAUGAAAAAAUUAAUCCGAGUGAAAUCAUACGAAAUUACGAAUAAACUUUAUGCCUAACAUAUCAGGCUAACGGCCUAUAACUUAUAAAAACGUUAUUUUUGUUUACCGUUUUAACGUUAUUACUACGAUUCAAAGUUAUAACGUAAUAACCGUUAUAUCGUUAUAACGGUUAUAACGCUAUAAUCGUUGUAACGUAUAACGUUAUUCGUGUAAGCUGCCAGUGUAAUGGCAAUGUAUUAAGACUUUAAAAAAAUAUAAAAUUCGAAAAAAGAAUACUGAUUGUUGCCAAACAAAUUACGUGUUUAGUACAAAAGAAAAGUGAUCUUUUGUGAUGAAAGUAUGCGUUCAGAUAUUAUAUUAGUAUUUAUUAAACUUUUGUGUAAUUAAAAAAAAGUUCUCAAUAGAUUUUAGAUACAUAAAUCAUAUAGAUCGACAAACUUAUCUGACCCGGUGGACAUAAUUGACAAAUUAAUCAUGAAAGUGACAUUAGACUUUAGCUGUCAUAUCAUUUUCUGUGCCCAAAUUUUUAUGUAUUUUCUGCCAGCUUUACUAUCGUCCUCGGCGAGAUCUGUACAGCUUACUUUUCUUUUUUUAAUAAUGCCUAUUGGAAGAAUUAUAAGAUCUGUCGCGCUCCUAUCUGAAUAACGCAAAGGGCAAUCGCCCAACCUCGCCCUGCCAUAAAUAAGGCCUUACUAUAGCGUCACCGGGUCAAAUAAAUUUGUCUCACUAAAUAAUUCUUUGAAGUUUGUCAAAAUUUUUAUGGUAAAAAUAAUACUAACUACUGAAUAAAUCUAGAUGUAGAUUUUUCUUUAAUAUUUCAACUAGUUUUUUCGGAAUGUGAAAAUAUUUAAAGUUUUAUUUUAAUCGCAAAAAAAAAGGUAGUCAUCAUAGUAAUUUUUUAUUGGUAUUUUUUUAUAAGUUUGUAAAGGCUAUGAUUUACUUUGUAAGAUGAAUUUAUUAAAUAUAAUCAGAUUUUAUA